AGGCAGCAUAGUCAGCUUGAUGAUGAAUUAAGCUCCUCUGACCACUGCUGCACCAUAAACCGCAAAUACCUCAUUACCAAAAUGUUUUAUUUCUUUUAUUUUGCUGGACUUGGGGCUUUGUUACCAUAUCAGCCUUUGUUUUAUAAAGUACUUGGCAUACCUGCCAAGAAGGUGGGAAUAAUAUCUGGUGUUCAACCAUUCAUAUCAUUUUUAUUCACCCCGAUGUGGGGAGCUAUAGCUGACAAGUUCAAAAAAGGGAAGCUGAUAUUUACUAUAUCUUUCGUAGCCCUGACUGCUGUUGGAAUAGCUUAUCUAUUGACUCCAAUGCCUUCCUGCAAUGUUGAAAUCGGCAAGGAUAGCCGACGUGAGAUAGCGAUAGGUCUAAAUCACUCUAUUUUUUCUAGGAUGUUUCAAACAAUCGCACAAUCGGAGAAGAUCAAUAGAUGGCCCGUUAAUAUUGAGGAUAAAGAGGAAAACCUGGUGACACUUACUAUCAAUCAGCAAGGCAAUGAGAAAACAUUUAAUGCAUUUUUGUACUUGUUUUUUGUCAGUUUAUUUGGUACUAUUUUGUCGUGCCCAAGCCUCGCACUCGGUGACGCCGCAGCUGUUGGGCUUUUAAGAGAAAAUAACGAUGUACACAAAUACGGCAAGCAAAAGAAGUGGGCCUCUAUAGGUUGGGGGCUUGCGGCAUUUUCGUUUGGAGCGCUGGUUAGUGACAAAUACCUCUGUCCCUUUAUACCUGGGCAAAAAGCAAGGAUCGACUAUAGCUUGUGCUUCUACGGGUCAAUAACAUUGAAGUUGCUCGCGCUUUUUACAGGUUUGCAACUCGAUUUUGAUAUGAAUAAGGAUACUGUUAACGAUAGCAAAACCAACAGAGUAAAGCAAAGUGGCCUUUAUGCUGCAAUCCGGACUCUGGGCGAGCCUCAUUAUAUAGCAUUCUUUGUAACUGUUCUGUAUUGUGGAAUGACUUUUGGUAUGAUUAUGGGUUUCUUUUUCUGGCAUUUGGAAGACUGUCUCGCUCCACAAAUACUAUUUAGUAUCAUCCCUGUGGUACGAUGUAUCGCCGAUUUCAUAGUGUACACCAUAUCUCCCCGUGUCAUCACUAAGAUUGGACUCCAAAAUCUUAUCUACCUCGUUCUAGUAGUCUACGUUGCACGGCUGUCCUGUUAUGCGUUUAUUACCAGUCCAUGGUAUUUUCUCCCCCUCGAGUUUUUGUCCGGGCUGACUUCUGCUGGAGCCUGGGCAGGAUUUGUGGCGUAUAUUGGUUAUCACACCGUGGAGGGAGCUCCUGCCACGCUACAAGGUAAGAGUUUAGUAUAUUUUUCAUAAUACGACCCACCACGCAAAACUUUGUUCAACAGUUUGUCAGUCAUUUAUAUGAGAGGCGUUGUCCCUUGAAGCCUUCCUUUCGAUGAUAAUCAGUUACUUUCUCAACUAUUCGUUGCGACAAGAAAGAAUAAUGAUAAUACUUUAUAGUAUUUUCACAGUAAAAACGUUAGAUGACGUUUCGACGGUAGACCGUAUUCACGAUACCCGCCAUCUUUGGACGACCUUUACGGGACUGAUGGCAUAAAAGCAAUGUCACGUGAUAUUUCAGGGGACAAACAAAAGAAAAAAAAUACCAAUACGAGUAAUCGCGGUCGAGUUUGUUCAUUCUCGCAAAACGGAAUGAUCGUCAUGCAAAAUUUACGGUUCGAGUUUCGACAAGUUUUACUUCAUUAUUGCUUGCUCUGAGAAUAUCUACGGUAGCUACUGCAUCUAAAAGAGUAACAAUGAUCUCUUCAUUUCAUAAUUUGCCAUUAUCGUCUUUAAGAUAAGAAGUUUUUAAUUUUCUGUUGUCUAGAGUAAAAAACUCGACCGCCAUUUCUCGUAUUAGCAGAUUUUAUCACUUGUUUGCCCCCACGGGAAACCACGUGACAUACGAAGAUUGCGGGUAUCGUGAGUAAGGUCUAUUUACCAAUCUCAGUCAGCCAUGAAGCAACUCUCCUGUCAUUAAAUCACGAACGUAAACGUUUGGGAAGUUAUGGCUAUUCUCUUGCAAUGACAACCACAAAGCUGGGCCUCAUAAACAAAAGAUUUUCAGCUACUCCCAUGGCAGAAGGGUCCAUAUGCGCACAUACGCCCAUGCGUACAGCUGAAAUCUGGAAAUUUAUUUCCCUGAAAACAUUUUUAUCAUCAAAUCGGGGUGACUGAUUAAUUUUUCGCAUUAUAUUGGUGUCUCCGUUUGGGAAUUUCCUUUAUCCUUUAAUUAUUCCAUAACGCUAGAGAUAAAAUAGGUAAGAUAGAUAAAAUAAACAACUAACUUAUUCAGAGAGAAAGUAUUCCUCGGAAAACGCAGGAAACUUAAACAUAUUCUAGGGGAGCUUCGCCACUGCAUGGCCUCUCAUUCUUGUUGCAUAUAGACCUGUGGCCUUAAAAUUCGAAAACGUUCACUGAAGUAGCUGUUGUUGUUCCAACAUCGCUCCAAAUUUUGUCAUACGCCAUCUGACAGGAGUGACAUCCUCCAACGGAUUAACUUGUCCGGCUUACGUGGAUCAACGAGGUAACGUAAGCGUUACGUAAACGUUUGCGGCCUUUCAAUCUUAACGUGCUAAUGAACUCGUUAUUUAUACCAUGGGUAUAGAUUCCACUAACGAGUGCGUGCAAAUAUAUCUUCGUUCUUUACAGGGAUGCUGCAUGGUACGUACCACGGCAUAGGCCAUGGACUGGGCCGAGUGGUUGGCGGCUUUUUAUUCAGUUCUGUUGGAGCUCAAACAACAUUUUUCAUAUUUGGUGCUUUUGGCUUUUUAGUGUUGACACAAUACUUCCUGGUCAACAAAACUUUUAAAGAAUCAGAAAAAUAA